AGUGUAUGACCCUAUAUAUGUAAAAGUAUCAGUGGUGAUAUACUGUACAAAUUCAAUAUUUAUAUUUAUAUUUCUUGUUCAUCCAACAGCUGAAGCCCCGAUCACCUUGUUUCGAUUAUUUGGUGGUGACAGCCCUUGUUCUGGGAGCCUGCAGGUAUUUUAUAAUAAAACAUGGGUUCCAGCAGAAGUCACCCCAGUUUGGAGUAUCAAUGAAGCAACCCCAGUCUGUGAAAAACUGGACUGUGGAAAAGCUUUUGAUGUUCAACCACUUCAAAAUCCCAAUUCCCAAAUGCAACACUCCCAAAACAAUUCAGGACUGCUUCAGUGUAACUUUGGGGGUCCAGAUUUUUUUAAUUGCACAGAAUCUCAGAAAGGUUAUUACAUUAAUAGGACAAACGUCAUCUGCAGAGGUCACAGAGCUGUGCGAUUGGCUGGAGGUAGAGAUGCUUGUGCUGGAAGAGUGGAGGUCUGGGAGGAAGGGUUUUGGGGCACUGUGUGUGACGAUUGGUGGGACAUGAAGGAUGGCGAUGUGGCCUGUGCACAGGUGGGCUGCGGAUUUGCUGUGGAAGUGCUGUUGGACGGAGCACGCCAGUUUGGAAAUGGGCACGGCCCUAUUCUGAUGGAUGAUAUGAACUGUACAGGAACAGAGAGAUUUCUGUGGGAAUGUCCAGUUCUGAAACACAGCGGGGACUGUGGUCACAAAGAAGAUGCUGGGGUCAUAUGUUCAGAGCACAAGGCAAUACGCUUGAGCGGUGGCUUGGACAGGUGUUCUGGCAGAGUGGAAAUCCACCGCAAUGGGUCAUGGGGAACAGUGUGUGACAACUUGUGGGGAGAAGAUGAGGGGGGAAUGGUGUGUUCCAUGCUGGGCUGUGGGGUCCAAGUGAAGGUCAAAGGUUUUAACACCACCUUCAAACACCACACAACUCUAAAAUGGUUCUAUCGUUGCACGACGCAUGAUCGUAGUCUUUGGGACUGCAUGGAAUACGUCAAUAACCCACACCUCUGCUUGAAGUCCUCUGCAGCUGCAGUUGUGUGCAGCAAAUCCCUUGGACUUUCUCCCGUCACUGCAGAAGAAACCUGGACCACAGGGACUCCAACAUCUGCCUUUAUUUUAAUAGAAAAGUCAGGUUUUCUGGUCACUCCAUCAGUUCUGGGCUGUUUCGUGCUGUCAUUUCUUCUGCUGCUGGUGACAAUACUUUAUGCUGUGCAAUUCUGUAGAUUCAAGAAAAGGGACAUGAUGCCAGUUCAGCAGACCGAUUCUAACCUGCAGACAGUUGUCUUGGUAACAGAGGAGAAUGAGUACCGAGAUGACGUCAAUCUCAUUAGAGUUACAACAACAAACAUACCAAACAGCAGCAAUGUAAAUCCUCAAUUGGAAGCCACUCAGCUUGUUAAUGAUGAUUCCUCAUUUGAAGCUGAUUAUGAGGACUAUGAUUUCAGUGUAGAACCUGCUGCCUCCACCUUUCAAAAUUCCCAUCAAAAUAGAACAGAUAACAGGAGCCCUAGCAUGAAUACUAUCCCAAUGACAACCCUAGCAGAAGAAGAAUCCCAGUAUACUCCCAACACAACCUACCCUGAACCUCUAAAUUUGAAUGAAGACUCCUCCAGCACAUCUUCAGGAGAAAGCUACCAGAAUAACGAGGCUGUGAACUAUAACACUGUUGAGGAUUUCAGCAGAUCCUCAGAUUGUAGUCCUAAAUCAUAUGUGGUUGAAAAUGGUGUGCCUUCCCAGGGUGACAAAGAUGUGGCCAGUGCCAAACCAGAAGUUCCCACUGGACCGCUCCCCUCCCAGUCUGAAGCCACCAUGUCGCAGCCGCACUACUGGAACCAAUUACAUAACAGUUCCAUUGCAUUUAAUCAACUCAAUGACAACACACUAGACUCUUCCAGCACAUCAUCAGGAGAAUGCGAUGAGAACAUCAGCAGACUUAACUCCAAGCCGCAAACUACAGGUGUCUCUGAGAAUCAUCAAGGCAAUGUUUGUCAAGAUUCCUCAUCAGGCAGUGAUUAUGAUGACAUUGCAGUCUACUACCAUUGAUGCAGAGCUGUAUUUCACUGUGGGCAUUCCUUCCAUUCACCACAAGCCAUUUAGUUAUGGCAGCAGCACCAAGUGUUCAACAGAAUUAUAAAUACAGAUGGAUAUCUCUUCAACCAAGAGACCAGCCUACCACCUUUGUUUAAUCACGGAGUGCUCAGGUUUGGAUGGCAUCACACAGCCAAGAAACUGCACAGCGUGUGUCACGCUUUUUCAAAACCAUGCACAGCAGUUUGUAUUGCUUAAUUGACCAUCCUUUAAUGCCUGAAAAGAAUACGGGCAUUGAAUCCCUAAGAGUCUGAAUCCCUUAUUGAGUCAAUGCCCACACCUUCAGCUGCCAGCUGUCAAAGAGAACAUCCUUUGGUUUUUACACUGUAGUUGCCAGUCAAGAUGAUUAUUUAAGCACUUUUCUAUAUUAUUUCCCUGAUAAACAACAAAUAGCCUUCAUUUAUGAAACAGUUGGAAGGUAUCUGCCAAGAGAAGUGUCCAAAAGUGUCCCAGUGCAGUCAGAACUUCACUUUGCACAGGUACCAGAUGAAAAUGUGUGUUUGAUAAUUCAGCAAAACAACUUUAAUAAUCACAUGUAAAACAAUGGUUUAGUUGUUAUGAAUUUUUCUGAUGUGCUACAGAGGCACAUUCAGUGCAAAUUCAUAGAUGCGAGUAAUAGGCUACAAAAGUACUGAUUGUGGCGCUACUAUUCCUGAAAAAAAUCCAGUUUGCCCUGUCCUUUUUUUAUUCUGCGAUGGUUUUACAACAAACUUCCAAGUGCCAUGCCAGUGGGUGUCAUUUUAUAGCAAUUAAGGAGGAACUAUGCUAAUAUUUUAAGUACCACUCAUUAGAAGAACCGUACGUUGAAUGUGCACUGUAUUAAAACAACAUUGUAAGAUAUGUAUCUUUGAGAAGCAAAGUAUCACCAAAAAAGUGCACAUAAUUUCAUAUAAUUAUUAAAAAUAAUGACUUUCAUGCUGCGUGUUUACCACAAACCCACUUUGUCAGUUUUGAGGUCUAGCAAGUACUGUACUGAUCUCCAGCUGCACUGACAAGCAUAGGCUUGUGUCUCCCUUCUAACCAGUUUUGCUUUUAGAGUCAGGUAUGCUGUUUCAGGUAUACUUUUAAAAAACAGAAGAAGAAAAAAGUCAAAACUAGAUAUACAUGUAUCAGUUUCCGGGGACAACAAAUUUUGAAACAUCGAACUUCUUUACUAUUGGCUAUCACAAAUCUUAAAACAAAGCUACUCUGAUUGAUGUUCAGCAAUCAAAUACAAGCAGUUCAAAUAAACCUUUUUUUCUUUUUUUUUUUUUAAUGAUGAUUUAUUAUAAAUAAAUACAUUAUUUUGCUUUUUUAAUGUCAUUUUUCAAAGAGAAUGUAAUGGAGGAACAUGGAUAUAAUUAUGAUGGUUCUGAAAUGUCAAUGUUUAGAAAACAGUCAUGCAUGUAAGAAGCAGGCUAAAUGGUAGCUCAUUAGAAAGGAAGGAAGCUUUGCUACUUGGCUUUUCCAGUGAUUCAUGUACUUACCUAAAAAAAAAAAUCACUUGACUGGUGCCAUUCAUAAUCAGAAGACGUUGCUACAGGGAACUCACAGGUUCAUAAACAGGAUUAUACAGUAUUUCAGUAUGCUGGGUAGUAUUAAAUGUUUCUUUCAAAAAAGAAAUUUCUAGCAAAUAUAAUUUAUUACACCAAAUAUUUGUCACAGCAAUACAUGUUAUUUAAAAUUAAAAUUAAAACAUAUAUUUACAAGUGUUUUAAAAGUAAAUGCAGACAAUUAGAGAGAUUUAUAAAUCUCAAAAUGGUUUCAAGGUUUUCACAGUCAGUUUAGACCACUGUGAAAUUGUAAGGUGGCAAAGUGUCCCAGUGGUAUUGCUUAAUGUUAAAUAGCUCAGUCAGACUGUUGUCAGUGCAUUAAAACUGUGUAAUAACUUCUUGUAAUAUACGUUAAUGCACCUUUUAAUCAAAUUCAGGACAAUGAUUAUGACGACAUAACCUUUAUUAACAUGGUUAUUCAGACAGGCCUAUGUUAUAGAACAAACCCAGGACACAGUGUCUAUAGGAAGUAUUCACCCCCCUUGGACGUUUUCAGUUUGUUGUGUUACAACCAGUCAAAGCCCAGACUUGAAUC